AUGGCUUGUGGAUCAGCAGUAUCAGAUCCGUCAUUAAACGGUGUUUCGUCAACACCGGGUGAGAACGAGUACCCGUCAGGUUUCCCUCAGAGCAUCUGUGAUGAAGUCCCGAAGGAGAAGUACUUGUGCAGCAACUGCAAUAACGUACUUAAUAAAGCGCGUCAAACGGCGUGCGGUCACCGCUACUGCCUUGCCUGCGUCAACUGGUUGGCAAGAAACAACAAGGACCUUGUGUGCACCAAAUGUAAAGAAGAGGAUCCAAGCUUUGAAAAUGACACCAGUGUACUGACUCUUGACCAAUUCUUCAAUGAUGCGGCUAUUAAUAAGGAAAUUUUAGAUCUGAAAGUUCACUGUGCUAACCAAGGCUGCCCCUGGAGAAGCACCCUGAAGAACUUUGAGGAACAUCAGAGUCAGUGUGAAUAUGCCUUGAUCCCCUGCAACAUCGGUUGUGGCAUAAUGGUGCAGAGAAAGACACUGGCCACACAUCUAGAAAGAGGCUGUCCAAACAACAAGACUACAUGUCUCUCUUGCUCAGAUGUCCUUACACCUAGAGAGCUCCAGAAUAAUCCCCAAGGCAACUCCAAAAAGAAAGAGCCAUGCAUUUUUUCUGAAGUCGGUUGUCCUUUUAAGGGUAAUUCAGACAAGGUAAAAGAGCAUGAGUCCUGCAGUCACGUUCGUCAUCUCCAGCUUCUCUUGGAAGUCACUAGGACUCUUCAGCAUACCUUUUAUACCCAACCUGAGGGAGGCCAACAUGAAAUCACUCUGGACUAUAUUCAUCCUGGACAGAGUGGGGCUUCUCUUACUUCUCAAAGUGAUGGUGAGAUCGAGGCUGAUGGAGGAGAGCCAGGAACGACUGAUAAGGCCUUCAGCCUCCACGAAGACCAGGCUGAGCUUGCCGUGGGACAGCAACUGGAUGCUCUACAGCAGAGAGUCCAGAUUAUGGAGAAUAUCAUCUCUGCUUUGAACCAAGAGGUGGAGAAGACCCAGCUCAGUGUGGUUGCACUGGAGAGAGACAACCAGAAUAACCAGCAGAUCAUUCUGCACUUAGAAUCAAAGGUAGCCGAGCUGCAGCAACGGAUGGUCAGGAAAGACAUGUGCAUUGCAUCCUUACAGCAGUCUAUCAGCAUCCAGGAGGACGUUUCGUAUGAUGGCACCUUUCUCUGGCGCUUGUGUGAUGUCAGCCAGAGACUGAGAGAGGCAGCCACUGGGCAAAAGAUCAGUCAGUACUCACCAGCUUUCUACACCACCAGGUAUGGAUUUAAAGUAUGUAUGCGGCUUUACUUGAAUGGAGAUGGGGUUGGAAAGGGAACGCACAUCUCUCUUUUUUUUGUUAUCAUGAAAGGAGACUAUGACCCCAUUCUCACAUGGCCAUUCAGACACAAGGUAACGUUCUUUCUUAUAGAUCAGAACCACAGAGAGCACGUCAUCGAUGCUUUCCGUCCCGACCUGUCCUCUGCAUCCUUUCACCGGCCUGUCUCAGAGAUGAAUGUGGCCAGCGGUUGUCCCCUGUUCUUUCCUCUGGGGAAAUUGAGGUCGUCUAAGCAUGCCUACUGCAAGGAUGACACAAUCUAUAUUAAGUGUGUGGUGGACACCUCAUGAACCUGGAAGGCCUGGCUCUUAAAAGUGAAUCGGUAAUAUCUGCUCCACUAGCGUCACCAAACGGAAUUGCAAAUACUGUACAUAGAUAGAUCAGUUAGAAGUUCAAUCAGUUACGCCCAUUUCACAUCACAAGCUUGAGCGAGACGUGAGCAUAGUGUCAGCUUAACUACAGUGGAACUGUAGCUGCAGACUCGACAGGGCUUUCACACUGGAAGUGUUUUUAUAGCAUCACACCAGCAGAUCUAUAAAGAAAAAUACUGCGAUUUCUGUUACUAGGGUGAGUAUUUAUUUGAAUAAAACAUAACUUAUAAAAUGUUUAUCAGUAGUGGGUCAUUGAUUAUUAUUACAAACUUAAUCGUCAUGAAAUCGUAUUUACAUGAGGAAGAGGACCACAUUUGCCUCUAAAAGGUAAACAAUAGAGCACUUUGUGCUUCUCCACUUCCACGAUCAUUCUUGUAUCAUCCAUUGUUGAACAAGAAUGAGAUUAAUUCUGAAUUCAUCAACGCCAUGGUCUAUCACCUGCAUGUGUUUACAAGUGAAAGCAAACUUGGCUGUGAAUGGGUAUUGCUGAAGCCUAUAGACCUGUUCGAUGUUUAAUAGUACUUAAGUCACUUAAGUUUUUAGUCUCAUAUUUUCAGGCUCAUAAGUCGUAG